CUGGUACUUUGACUUUAGCCAAAGCAACCGCAGCACCCAAACGGCGUACUCGGGCGUAGAAAGAAAUUGUGCCCGCCAAGACUUUGUUGCCACUGCACGAUAAAUAAGCCCUGUCGCAUCCCUCCUCCUUCAGCGUUGUUUCGUCUACAGUGCAUCAUCAAACAAGUUCGUUUCGCAAACAUACCAGUCUGCAUCUUUGGUCUUUUUUGGCUCUACACUACUCCUGCACCUUACCUAGUCAACUACAACAACAAAUACUAUGAGACCCGACCUUGCCGUUCUCGCACUCACCCUGUUCAGCGGCGCCUCUGCAAGCGUCAUCGGUGAUCGCCAUGCCUUAGCCGAUACAAGUAUCGACCAGCACGAUCUGUACAAGCGCCGUGGAGGUGGUGGAGGUGGAGGCGGCCGUGGAGGUGGCAGCUCUUCAUCCGGUUCGUCUAGCUCAGGCCGUGGUGGUUCAUCGAGUUCGUCUGGAUCGUCUUCCAGCUCCGGACGCGGUGGUUCAUCUGGUUCAUCUGGCUCAUCUGGCUCAUCAGGUUCAUCAGGUUCAUCAGGUUCAUCCGGCUCCUCCGGCUCCUCAUCAUCCAGCUCAGGCCGUGGUGGUUCAUCGGGAUCAUCGGGCUCAUCUUCCAGCUCCUCUGGAAACAAGUCACCACCUCGACCGGCUCCUGUUUCAAACUACCCAGGCAACCGAUAUCCUGGCGGCGCGACCACAUCGUACAGAAGUGGUAACCCAUCACGCAGCGGCAUCGUCCCCGGCUUGCUCCUUGGUGGUUCUGCAGCCAUUCUUUUCUGGACGGCGGCCUCUUGGGCUCACCCAUGGCCCCAUGGUGUCUACACUUACCCCUACCACCAGCCCUACCAGUUCCACAACGAUACCUCCAACAAGAAUGAGUCUAUCCCAGUCGUCUGUGGCUGUGAACCCGACGCCGAUUGCGGUUGUGACGAUACUGACCCCAAGGCAAGCCUUGAUGCUUUGGUCAACAAUGGCAAGAUCAAUAGCACAAACGCGGUGUUGGGCACAAAAGACGGACAACCAACAUUGUUUAUCAAUGGUACAUUGCCCACGGUGACCGACGACAGCUCAGCAGCUUCUACUAUUGCCACCAUGGGCUUUUGGCCGAUGGCUGCCAUUAUCUUCGCCAGUGUCUACCUCGUAUAAGGUGGCGGUAUACGAUUCGUUGAUUUACUUUUCUUCUUUCCGGACAUGGGAUGCUGUUCAUGAUACCACGUUGCGCCUAGAACCGCAUGAUUUUUGGAUACAGCUCAGAUUGGGCCAUUGAUAUACUGUAACGACUUAAUGUAAUAUAGAAACAAAUGUACGAAUUUCUUUUGAG